CCACGCCAAAAAUACAACAACAAAAAUUUAUAAAUAAAUAGACAAUCUGACGCUGUCAUUUCUAAUCUCAUUCAUUUUUGUAAGGGAGAUUUGUAUUUUUGAUUUAAUUUUUACACAAGUAUUAGACUAUGUCUGAAAAGAACUACACAGCACAACAGUUAAAUAAACAUAUUACAAUUAAAACGCCUUAUAAGCACAAGCGGACAAAGAAGUGGUACGGUACGGAGGACCCUUGCAAGCUACCACCCUUUAACUGGAUCGAAAGUGCCAAGAUUUACAACCAUAGUUACGAGAGGGUACCAAUUGAAUGGUUACUGGACAGUGCUGAUAUCCUAGUCCUCUACUUUUCCAUGCGAAACAGCGACAGGUCUGACAAUAUCAUGACCCAGUUUUAUGAGGUCUAUGAAAACGCGAGAUAUAAUAAUCUGCCCAUCGAAGUCAUCAAUGUACCUAUGGAUGAAACCAGGGAGGACAUGUGCAUCAGUUACGCGGACCAAGCCAACUGGUUCACUCUGAUGUUUGACGACCCCAUUAUAAUCACUCUCCAGUACAGACACGAGAUCACCGCUGUCCCUCACCUUGUAGUGACGCGAGUAGAUGGCUCCAUGGUCUCCAGUCAUGGAAUUUUGGACCUUGAUGAGUUUGGAAAAAAUGCGUUAAUUGCUUGGCUGUCAACAGCAGCAUAUACGAAGCCACGCAAGAAGUUAAGCAGAGACACGAAGAUGUAUGGGCCGCAAUGGAAAUAUUUGAACGCAGGAGUGGGGAAGGCGGAGACGCCUGAUUAUAAAAGAAAUUUUAGUAGGGCAGAUCUUUCAUUUUCUGAGGAUUUAGACGAAGAUGACGUGGAUACAUUAGUGGAAAAGGCUUUAAAAGCUGAGGCAGAGCAGGAUAAAGAAGAAGAUAAUUUGUGACUCCUUGUAAAGCAUGGAAUCCUGGUAACAAAUCAGUUUGCAAGUUAUUGUACCAUAAUCAUAAUAUUAGUUAGUAUAUUCAUUCUCAUGAACAUUGGGCAGAUGUUUAUACACUAUUAUAAUCAGGUUUUGAAUAACGUUUUUUUAUUAUUUUGUUUAUUUGUUAUUAAUGUUUAAAGCCAUUUUAGAUCAUUCUAACUCUUCUUAAUUUAGUAUUUAAUCCUCGGAUGUUUAUGUUAUUUCAUACUUACUUUAAUUAUACGUUUUUUUUCAAUA